GCGGUGGCUCGGGAGACCGGGGCCUUUUGUUUGGCGCGGCUGCGGGGGGCCCCGGAGCGGCGAGGCCCGCGGCCUUCCCCAGCUCGCUAGGUCCCGGCCGCCCCUCGCAGGGGUGAGGGGCCACCCCCUGGGCCGGGCGUUGCCCCGGGCGCCGCCGCCCCGCCCUCGGCCCGCCCCGCCCGGCCUGAGGGGGAGGAACCGGCCGGGCCUCACCGCGCGGCCCCAACCCCUCCGGAGUCGCCGCCACUGCUCUCCGUGCUCCGGACUCGAGGCUGCCUCUCGCCCCUCAGCCGACGCCAUGAAGAUCAAGGAUGCCAAAAAACCCUCUUUCCCGUGGUUUGGCAUGGACAUUGGGGGAACUCUAGUAAAGCUCUCGUAUUUUGAGCCUAUUGAUAUCACAGCAGAGGAAGAACAAGAAGAAGUUGAGAGCUUAAAAAGUAUUCGGAAAUAUUUGACUUCUAAUGUAGCAUAUGGAUCCACUGGCAUUCGGGAUGUACACCUUGAACUUAAGGAUCUAACACUUUUUGGCCGAAGAGGGAACUUGCACUUUAUCAGAUUUCCAACCCAGGACCUACCUACUUUUAUCCAAAUGGCAAGAGAUAAAAACUUCUCAACAUUACAAACGGUGCUAUGUGCUACAGGAGGUGGUGCUUACAAGUUUGAAAAAGAUUUUCGUACAAUUGGAAACCUCCACCUGCACAAACUGGAUGAACUUGACUGCCUUGUAAAGGGCUUGCUGUAUAUAGAUUCUGUCAGUUUCAAUGGACAAGCAGAGUGCUAUUAUUUUGCUAAUGCCUCAGAACCUGAGCGAUGCCAAAAGAUGCCUUUUAACCUAGACGAUCCCUAUCCACUGCUGGUAGUGAAUAUUGGCUCGGGAGUCAGUAUUUUAGCAGUCCAUUCCAAAGACAACUAUAAACGAGUGACUGGGACAAGCCUUGGAGGGGGUACCUUUCUGGGUUUAUGCAGUUUAUUGACUGGCUGUGAAAGUUUUGAAGAGGCUCUUGAAAUGGCAUCCAAAGGUGACAGCACCCAAGCUGACAAGCUGGUCCGUGAUAUUUAUGGAGGAGAUUAUGAAAGAUUUGGUCUGCCAGGUUGGGCCGUAGCAUCUAGUUUUGGGAAUAUGAUUUAUAAGGAGAAGCGAGAGUCUGUUAGUAAAGAAGAUCUGGCAAGAGCUACUUUAGUUACUAUCACCAAUAACAUUGGUUCUGUGGCACGAAUGUGUGCUGUUAAUGAGAAAAUAAACAGAGUUGUCUUUGUGGGAAACUUUUUACGUGUUAAUACUCUCUCAAUGAAACUUCUGGCAUAUGCACUGGAUUAUUGGUCAAAAGGGCAACUGAAAGCAUUGUUUCUAGAACAUGAGGGAUACUUUGGAGCUGUGGGUGCACUUCUUGGGCUGCCAAAUUUCAGCUAAAGGAUCAGGUCUCCCUCUGCUAAUAAAUGUCAUGCAAAAAGAACUGAAACCAGAGGCAUUAUCCCUGCAUUGUCUGUCACUGGGAACCAAAGGAUAAAAGAGUACCAUAAGCUGCUGAAUGUUGCCAUAUUAAGAGAAAACUCAGUAAUGUGAAGUAUUUCUAUUUGAAAUGCUUUCCCUUUUGUAUAUAACCAGUGUUCAAUUCUUAAAUACAAUACAGCCUCUGAUUACUGAGCUUCCUCUCCAAAAGAUUUUCUUUUUAUUUUAUGUAGCCAUUGUAGUACUGUAUGCUCAAACACAAAUCGUCUCAGAAAUGUUUAGCUUAUGAAAAUAAUUGAUUCUGAAUAUUUGUCACAAGUCUUUUUUAUGUGUUUUGAUUACUAAUGAGCAGAUAGUAUCAUACCCUGUAUCAAAAAUUACUGAAGUGGCAAUCAAAGAUGAUUAUUUUAUGCAAUUUUAGAAAUGUUAAGGCAAUUAUUAUUAUUGUAGUUUUUUUAAACAUGUCCCCCUGCCAAAAAGCAUGUUUAUAUGAUCUUUCCCCAGAAGUGUAACUUUUCUCAAAUGCCAUAAUUUAAUUGAAAUACUAUUAUUCACUUUUAGCCUGAAUUGUAAAAUGAAUCCUGGAAAAUGCACAUAUUUGGUGAAAUUGCACUUUCUGUGUUUUAUGAGUUAAUCAAUACAUGUUUAAAAUGUUUAGUAGUAUAUAAAAUUGGCAGUAUAAUUACUUAUUCAGCAGGCCUGUUCUGAUGGAAUAUGGUUUGAGU